GUCCAUAAACUCCAGCCUCUUUCCCCUCCAUCUGGCAGGAGGGACCAACAGAGAGAAAGAGAGAGAGAGAGAGAGGGGGGGGGGGACCAGAGUGCGCGUAUAUCCACAGGGUUUAGAAUCGGAGGCAAAGGCAGCAUCCCUCCCUCAGUCAGAGACUGUCGUCACGGCGACAGGAGGUGUCUGUUCCACGGCCGAGAGACGGAAUGCAAGGCGGAAUCGGCAGCUAGUGGUUGCCGCAGCAACAAGAGCAUCUGAGGACUUCCAGGAUUCCAUGCAGGAGCAGAGAAGCCAAGGUUCCCGGGGGCUCGAAAAGAGGGGAACCGGGGUCAAUCUUUCAUCCACCAUCUCCUCCCUCGCUCCUACUCCUCCUCCGCUGCUGCUUCACUUUUUCUUUGAAGGACAGCUUUAAAUGAAUCCUCCUGCUGACAGUGGGCAAGUGUGACUGGACGGACACAGAGAGUGGGACUCUGUGUUGGAACAGCAGAGAGGGAAGUGGGGUUGAUUGGUAGGAAGACGGCGUGUGUGAAAGCGCUACAGUCAAUUGAUGGUGACUGACGCCGCAACAAAACGGGGAGGAUGAUCCGUGCCUAGCUGAGCCGAAAACUGUAUUCCUGUUGUUCCUCAGAAGGGAGGGAAGGCAAACCUGCACGCACUUUCUACCACUGACCAGGGGAGAGGUGAGAGAGAAAAAGAGUGCUAGAGAACCCUGUUUUAUGAAGUGUAUUUCCACGGGGGCUGGUGUGAUUCAAUUUGGUGUUGUCUUUUUCGGCAGUGGUUUGAAGGGUCAAGUUCUCCUCCUUUAUUCCCUUCCAAUUCUACCUGGAGCAAAAUACAUGGAAUUUACAUUCUCUGAUGGCUUUUGAAGAAUGCCAUGCUAUUCUAAAAGAGUAACAACUGGAUUUCACCCGGUAUCAAAGGGAACUGGAUUGAGAUUCAACUCUGUCUCUAUUUCCAUAUAAUGAGUGAGAAAUUUCUCUCUAACCUGGACGGAUGUGCCAUUCUGUCUGACACCCCAUGAGGGAUUACGUGUGAAACGUUCAUCAUAACACUUAAUGUCCAGUUCAAGGAAAUACAAAGUUGGAAUAUUUCACCUUUUUUACUCCAAACACACACACACACACACACACACACAAAAGAAAAAAUGUUUUAGAUUUAAAACAAAGAAGUAGUUCAGAAAGAAAGGCAUCUUUGGGAGUUUCCUUUUUUCUUCCUGAAUUGGAUUUUACGAGAGUUCACAGUGGAUCAGUCUCUCAUACAAGCCUCCUAGCCAUGUCGUCCAUGGAAGAGAAGAAUUCUGUAUCAUAGACAACUGAUUUCCAUCCAAACUUACCGCUAAGGACACUAAACACAUGCUAGGGUGAAAUGAGCCCCGCUUCCUGCAAAUUUUCCUUCUUCAUCCUGGAGUUUGGUUGUUUCUUGGAUCUAACAACCUAACUGUCCUUCCAUGAUUUCAGCACCUUCCGUUCCAUCUGCGUCUGUCCCGAGAUGCCCCACCGUACACAGCAAGAGGAGGUUUAACCCCAGACCCAGCGAGGUCUCUCGGCUGCCCAGGCGUAUUUAAGAUGUUGAACCCUUCCCGUGUGGCCCGAGCCCCAGAUCGGAUCAGUAGCACUGCGGCUCCAGGAGGCCCCAGACAUGGAUCGUGGCUCGGCUCGCCCCUGCCCUCAGCGCUCCACACCCCGGCCCGUGAGCAGCCUGUGAAGGAUGUCCCAGAGCGGAGCUCCAGCCCGGGAACCCUCUGAGACCCCCAGUCAGAGAGAACAGAUCCGUAGCCACAUGAAGAUGGUGAUCGAGCAGCUGGAAGGAAUCCUCAAGGAGCUAAAAGAUGUGGCGCAUGAAUUGCGGGAGGUGGUGGGUCAGAUCGACAAACUCACAUCUGAUUUUGACUUCGACCUGGAGCCCGACGACUGGACAGUGGCGACGGCGAGCAGUACGUCGAGUAGCGAGCGUGGCCUGGCUGAGGCCUUCAGACUGGACUUCCUCAGCCAGGACAUGCUCUCUGAUGGCUGGGACUUCUGCAACUUCUUGGAGGCCUCCAACCGGAAAGCACACAGGGAGGAGACGAACGAGGGCCAGGGGAGAACGUCAUUGUCCACACCGAGGCCCACCACCGCCAGUGUCUACUCACAGAUGAAUGGGGGUCUCCCGAUCCCCAAUGGACCUCUAAUCAUCACCCCGGACUCCUCCAGCGAGGAGGCGUCCAGCUCCACGCACAGCCAGAAAACCUCCCGCACAUCCGGCACCAGAGAACGCGUCCGCUUCAGCGACAAGAUCCUCUACCACGCCUUGUGCUGUGACGACGACGAAGAUGAGGAGGAGGACGAUAAAGGGGACUGCGGGACUCCGGACACGGACAGCGAGCCCAGUCCCCUGGCUUGCUCGCCAGUACCGCUGCUAUCAUCCUCUGAACUCCCGCCGGGGCUCUACAACUGCCGGGAAACAGCGUCUGCGGGCCCCUCACCUGUGAAGGUCCCAGUGGUGGGCUCUCACACGCUACCCAGGAAAGGUCUUCUCAACCCGGGCUGCCAGAAAAAACUGUUACGGAACAGCAGCACACAGACGGUUUCGGAUAAGAGCACUCAGACUGUACUGCCCUACGUCCCUGCCAAACAGAAAAACAAGGACCUCUGAGAGAACAGACAAAUUUACAUAUACAAAACAACAACGAACUGAGACAGGAUGACAAAGAACUGUGUUCUAUUUAAUAUUAAAUACAUAGCUAAUAGAUAAUAAAAAAAAAAUGAAUUAAUAAAUAAAUUAUAUAUGGGAAAA